AUGGACGAGGACAGAAUACAAGAGUGGAAAGGUGGUGGUGGACUAUUAGACGAAUCACAAAUUAUCACACAAUCUCCAAAAAGAGAAAAUUCUGUGCCACAAAUGGCAAAUGUAGGAAAAGUGAAAUUUCAACCGCCAAAUGUACCCGUGAUAUUUGUUCUUGGCGGUCCUGGAAGUGGAAAGGUUACACACUGUGAUACAUUGAUGCAAGAGAAACGCGGUCUAACUCAUAUAAAUAUGAUGGAUCUAUUACAACAAUAUGCUAUGGGCAAUGACAUGCAAGAUUUCUCAAAAUUACCUUCCAAAACCGUAACGGAAGUUUUGAUGCUUGAGAUGAAAAUGUCACCGGCCGCAAAAGCUUACCUCAUUUCUGGUUAUCCUCGUUCAAUGCGUGAUGUUGUUGAAUAUACUGAAAAGAUUCAGGUCUUGAACGGUGUCAUUCUCAUAUCAUGGCGUCAAUCUGUGCUGAAGAAGCAAAUUGACUUCGGUGCAAAACUUGGACAUGUGGUCCUUUCCCUCGCAAAAAUGGAACUAGAGAAUUUCUUCAAAAGUGUCAUGCCAGUUGCAGAUUAUUUUGAUCAAAGUGAUAUGCUUGUUGCAAUAAAUGGCGAACGUGCACCGAGUGAAGUAUAUAAGGAUUUUCGUGCUGCAGUUCUGGAUAUAUUGCAAGCACAAGAAAAUCAAGAGGCGGUGUUGAAUGGAGUAGCUGGCAUAGGUCAUGGCAAUGACGAAAUUCCUGGAAGUAUUGUAAGUGUAGAAACAGCUCCGAAACAGGAGCCAAUUAGAGAAAGAGAAGCAAUGGUUGUCACAACGCCACCAAAUGCAAUAGACUCACCGAUUAGAGUUAAGACAAAAAUGAAUGGAAAUGUUGGCAAGAAUGUGAUCGAAGUGGAAACAAUAGAAAAUCAUUUAACUGACAGUGUCUCUAAAAUACCUCCAGUAAUUUUUGUUCUUGGAGGUCCUGGUAGUAAUAAAGCAAUGCUUUGCUUAAAAGCUGUCGGUAUGAAUGCUGGAUGGAGUCAUUUUAGUAUCGGAAGGUCAUUAAGAACAUUAGCCGAAUCAGAUCCAAAACCAUUAACCGAGAACUUUGCUAUAAAAGAAUCAUUGACAGCAGGCGAAAUGGUGUCGAAGGAUAGUUUGGACAAACUUAUACACACAAACAUACUUCAACUUUUAAACAAAAAGGGUAUUAUUAUUGAUGGAUAUCCUCGUGAUAUAAAUCAGGUUUAUGAUUUCGAAGAAAAGUAUAAUCAAAAGCCACCAAUCAUUUUAUUAGAUUGUUCAAAGCUUCAAUUAGGUAGAGGGAGAUUAGAUGACUCAGUCUCAGCUUUUAGGAGACGAUUGGAACUGUUUCGAGAACUAACAUUACCCAUGUUAAAAUCAAUAGAUAGUGGAGGUCGAUUAACUAUUAUUGAUGGAGAUCCGGACAGUGUAACCGUACAGCGAGAAUUCGAGAGAGUCAUAAAGCAGUAUAUUGAUAAAUUAAGUGGUAAAGCUUUACAAAUGAAUGGGGACGCUCAACCCAAGAUUAUAAGUGGAUUAUAUAACCGCAACUCACAAACUGAUCCACAACGGAUGGGUAAACAAAGGAUGAAUGAAAUGAAUGAUGGAAAUUUGCAUGACUUAAUGCCUGGCGUCAUACCAACAAUUAGCAAUCACGUUACCAAUUAUGUAAAUAAUAAUCAUCAGAAUGGAUAUGUAGCGAAUGGUCACUUAGGUGGUAAUAAGAAUUAUACACAUCCACGAACCAACACAAAUGGUUACAUUCCAAAUGGUCGACCAAAUUUAAGAUCAAUGCUUCAGGAUGCUGAAAUGGAUUCACAUAUGUAAUGAUCGUCACUUACUAAUAGUCCAUAGUUCAAUAGUUUUCCUCAGAACUUACUUUAUUGAUUAUUUGUUUUUAAAACAUUUUGAGUGGCAUGUGUGCCAAAGCAGUUAAAUGAUUUUUUUUGAAACUUCUGAGCAGCAAGUCAGAGAAGAUUUUUAAAGAACACUCAAAAAUAAGUAAAAUUUAGUUUUUAUUUAUUUUUGCAAAAGGAAUAUUUGAAUUAAUUUCGAGGUAUGAGUAGUAAAUUGUAACUGCUUAAGUUAGAG